UGAGGAACCUUUAUUUUGCUGACACCCACAGAAGUAUCAGCUGUAUUAUGUAAUCAUUUAUUAGCAUGCAACGAUUUACACCACAACACAGUAAAAGGAAAAUGUAUUACAGUACUACAAUACAGUCAUGAGCACAUAAAUGAUGUAAUGUGCAUGCCAGACCAGUAGUUGGCGAUGUCACAUUGUAAAGGCAGCACUGCGCACGCGCACGAAAGUUUGUACUGUAUCCGGCAUUCUUCCUCGGUCGGUGUCUCUGCGAUACAUUAACGAAAACAUUUUCAUUGAACGCUCUACAUGUCCGUCAUUGAUGGCAGCACCGUGGAUUGGUCACUGCCGUCACCAGUCUUCAAUCUGACAUGUCAAUCAUUACUAUGAUUACUCUUAGAUCGUAGCGGCUGGCACAGAGCAGACAGACGAGACGGUGGCAGCCAAGGAAAAAAAAGGCCGACCCCGGGUGGUGAACUUCCAUUAACCCGCAUUGCUGGAAAUCCAGACCAUGGCGUCAUCGCAACACCUGAGCGGCAGCUGGCUGCGGCGGCUUCUCGUCGUGUUUUUGAAGCUCUGCUUUACGUUUGCUGGUCCGCUGCGGCCGCUCAACGGGACCGAAUGCACAGCCAAAGGACCUGCUUCUUACAUUGUGGUGUUUACGGGUCACUGGAGUCCGCAGGCGUUCCCGAAGCAGUAUCCACUGUUCCGGCCCCCUGCACAGUGGUCUAAGCUCAUAGCGGUGAGCCAUAAUCGCCAUUUUCGACUCUGGGAGGACGGUUCUCCGGCCAGUGCAGGGGUGCAGAAUUUUGCUGAACUGGGAGUGACGGUGGAGCUGAUGAAGGCGGCCAAGGACGCUAGGAGGAGACGCUCAGUCGGCGCCAUGUACCGAACGGCCGGCAUCCCUAACGGAAUCGGGCACAGCUCCACAGAGAUGCUCAUGCAGCCCAGGAACUCGCUGCUGUCUCUGCUGGUGAAGAUGAUCCCCAGCCCUGAUUGGUUUGUGGGUGUGGACAGCCUCACCCUCUGCGAGGGCAACCACUGGAAACAGGAAGUGACCAUCGACCUCCAACCGUACGACGCCGGGACGGACAGCGGUUUCACUUUCUCUUCCCCCAACUUUCCCACCAGCCCCCAGGAGAAUAUUACGAAGAUCACCUCUCAGAUGCCAAACCACCCAGCGAACUCCUUCUACUAUCCACGCCUGAAGGACCUUCCGCCCAUUGCCAGCAUCAAGAUCAUGCGGCAGAGCAGGUCCCCUCAUCGCCAAGUCCCCAUGUCCAAUCACAUCUUCCCAAACUCCAUCAGUCCUCAGAGGUUCUCAGUGACCCCCCUAGACUGUGAAGUGUCUCUGUGGUCAUCCUGGGGCUUGUGUCUGGGCCCCUGCUCCAAAGGCGGCGUCCGCCAUCGCACACGCUACAUCCUGCUACGACCGGCCAACGCUGGCGUCCCCUGUCCCGAGCUGGAGGAACAGGCCGAGUGCGUACCACACAGCUGCAUGAAGCUCCAGUAACCCACAGAGAAGAGCCAACACUGGGACUCAUUAUUACUGCUGGACUGGGAAAAACGUACUGUGUUAUUUCUAUGCAAUGGAAUGAAUUUCUCUCCCUGUCAAGACUGCAUUUAUUAUUUUUAAGUGUGUAUUAUUGUAUUGAAUAUAUGAAUAUAUGAAUAUAUUAAUAUAGUAUUGGACCAAUGUUGCUCUUGCAGUUAUUAAGUCACAGUGGACACGGAACACACACACACAUAACAUGUGUGUAUUAUUGUACAUAACAUAUGCUCGCCAAACUUUCUAAAAAUAACCUCACACCCAAAUUGACAGAAAGGCUUGAAACAUUUAGAUACAUUUUUUUUACAGAAAUAAAUAAUAUUUGUAUUUUGAUUUAUUUUAUUUUAACAUGGAUGUUUUUUGUAUAUAUUAUAUUGUAUACUCAUGA